AUGGGGAACCUGCCAAAGUUGGGGUCUCUUGCUGCGCCCGAGAUUGUAUGCAAGAGCCUCCACACCUCUGUUGCUUACCGUGAUAUUGAUCAAGCUGCUAAGUACAUCGGCGCCGGUGCCGCUACCAUUGGUGUUGCUGGAUCCGGCGCUGGCAUUGGUUCCGUCUUUGGGAACCUUGUUAUGGGCUACGCUCGAAAUCCCGGUCUUAAGCAGCAGCUUUUCUCCUACGCCAUUCUUGGAUUCGCCUUGAGUGAGGCUAUGGGUCUCUUCUGUCUAAUGAUGGCGUUUCUGAUACUGUAUGCUUUCUGA